UUAUUCACUCCUAUUGUGGUGAUAACUUUCAUGACCUUAACCAGCUUACUCCCUGCUUCAUGAUGUCAUGCCUGCUAGUAUUGGCCAGAGGGUGGUGUAGCAAUGCUGCUGGGAAGGCUCUCUCUCUUACUGUCUCUUCCCUCAGAGUGGACACUGUGGCUGCCAAGGGACUCACAAUAUCAAGGAAACGUGUGUGGGAGUGCUGGUUAGAAGGAGGUUUGUCUCUCAAUGGCCACCCAGUCAAGAAACAUAGCUCCCAGGUGGGUGUUGGGGACACUAUUGAAUUGACACUAGGAGAGCAGGGUCAUGGACGAGUGGUUGUCACGGAGAUAGGAGAUCGGACAAAGAAAGGAGGAUAUCAUUUGAACAUUGUCAGAUACAAACAUUUGAACAAAACAACACAAUAACAGCGCAAUCAUAAUUAUCAUAAUUAUACACAGCAAUGUUAAUAAUGUGUUGAGUCAGCCAG